AAGGGAAGGGACAGGGUGUGAGCAUGGUGGUGGUGACACUGCCCAUCUCAACGAUGUGGGGUUGCAGAGAGGGCUGUGUUGGGGGUGGGAGGCUUUGGCCCUGUGGCCACGGCCUUGGGGUUUCUCUCUGUGGAUGUUUAGAGUUGCCAGCCCUCCAGGAUUGGCCUGGAGUCUCUCAGAAUCGGCGUCAAUCUCCCGGGCGAAGUCUGCAACAUGAUUAACAAGAAGUAUAACGAGUUCCUCCCAAGCAUGCAGAGCGCUGAGGACUUGGUGUCACAAGUGGACAGUCUGUCCGGCAACAUCGACCUACUGAAAUCCAGGAUCGAAAAUGAGGUCCAGCAAGAUCUGAAUGUGGCCAUUGCUGAAUUUACUGAAUUGAAGCAGCAGCUGGAGCGAGACUCGUUAGUUCUGAGUGUGCUGAAACAGCUACAAGAGUUUGAUAGGGCUAUUAAAGACUAUAGCACCGCAUUACUGGAAAAGAAGUAUGUUGCAGCAGCUCGCCAUCUGGAAAAGGCACGAAGUAGUUUGCAAAUGCUAGAAUCCCGCAAAGGCUUUGAGCUGAAGGUUCUGAAGGCACUAGGCACGGAGCUGACGGUGCAGACCCAGAACAUGCUCUAUCACCUGGGAGAAGAGUGGCGGCAAAUGGUUUUGUGGAAGCUUCCUCCGUCAAAAGGUGCUGAACAUCUUAGUUUGGAAAUCAGCAGUGCAGAGACAGUGAUGCAGACGGAGUUGCACUUACGCACCAUGCCAUUGAAGGAAGAUCAGAUCUCUGGACCACCUGUUGCUUCUGUGCUCCAGGCAUUUGCUGUGCUAGGAGAACUGCACACCAGGCUUAAACUUUUUGGCCAAUUACUGCUGAAGUACAUCCUCAAGCCACUGAUUUCUUAUCCCUCUCUUCGUCCCCUGCUGGAGGAGCAGCCUGACACCGUCGUCUUGCACUUUGAGUCUGCGGAGCCUAAUCUCGAGCAUCCAUCCCCAAUGGAGGUUUUUGGCAAGAUCACGCUGGUGCUUGAAGUUCUUCACAAACACUUGUUGAAUGUGUCUCUCGAUGCGUGUGGGGAAAAUGAGAAGGACUCCAGAGUGGUAUUGGCAGAGAUGCUGGGUGACAUGGUCUGGGAGGAGGUAUCUGGCUGCCUCAUUCAGGAAUGUCUGGUGUACUCAAUUCCAGCAAACAGCAGCAAACUAGAGCAGUACGUCGAGGUGAUUAAAUCCACAGAGGAAUUUGAAAAACGCUUGAAGAACAUGGGGUUUUUAAAAGGAGAUGCCACGGACUUACUGAAAUACGCCCGCAAUGUCAAUUCCCACUUUGCUAACAAAAAAUGCCAGGACGUGAUCGUGGCAGCCAGAAAGUUGAUGACCUCAGAAAUACACAACACUGUAAAGAUCACACCUGAUUCCUCGGUAGCGAUACCAAAACUGCCUGACCCUGGGGCAGGCGAUCAUUUAAAAAUGCAAAAAGCCUCCAAAAUGCUGCACAAUGAUCUGAUAAAUUUGGAGAAUGAGACCAAACUGAGCCAGCACACAUUCUCUCUGCCUACCUGCCACAUCAGUGUGUCUGUGGAGAAAUUGAUGGAGUUGGCUUAUCAGACCCUGUUGGAGGCUACAACCAGCACAGAUCAGUGUUGUAUCCAGCUCUUUUACUCGGUGCGAAAUAUCUUCCAUUUGUUCUAUGACGUCGUGCCAAUUUACCACAAAGAGAACCUUCAGAAACUGCCCCAGCUCGCUGCCAUUCAUCACAACAACUGUAUGUACAUUGCCCACCACUUGCUGACCCUGGGGCAUCAGUUCCGAUACCGCCUUACCAACAUACUGUAUGAUGGAGCAGCUACUUUCGUAGAUCUGGUACCUGGCUUUAGGAGACUUGGGAUGGAGUGUUUUCUGGCCCAGAUGCGUGUGCAAAAAGGAGAGCUGCUGGAGAGAUUGUCAAGCGCAAGGAAUUUUUCCAAUAUGGACAAUGAGGAAAACUAUUCUGCAGCAAACAAAGCAGCAAGGCAGGUUCUGCACCAGCUAAAGAGACUUGGCAAAGUAUGGCAAGAUGUGCUUCCGGUCAACAUCUACUGCAAGGCUAUGGGGACCUUACUGAACACAGCACUCAGCGAGAUAAUUAAUAGAAUCACUGCCCUGGAGGAUAUCUCUGCUGAGGACGCUGACAGAUUGCACUCCCUGUGCAGGAUCAUGCUGGAAGAAGGACCUCUGGUGUUCACUCCAUUACUGGAAGAGAACAAAAAUAAGAAAUACCAGGAGGAGGUUCCAGUCUAUGCGCAGAAAUGGAUGAUGUUCAAAGAGCUGAUGAUUAUCCUGCAGGCCAGUCUCCAAGAAAUAGUAGAUCGGUGGGCGGACGGCAAAGGGCCCCUCGCAGCUGAAUUCUCCCCCACUGAGGUAAAGAGUUUAAUCCGAGCCUUGUUCCAGAACACAGAGAGGAGAGCAGCGGCCCUUGCGAAAAUUAAAUAGCCUUGUGUUUACUCCUGUGCAAUAGACCUUUUCCUGGGAAAGCAACAGUAAAUCAGGUUUCAAACUCUUAUUUGGAUUUAACCCUUUUUCCUAAUCAGUUUAGCUUUAUGAAAGCACUUCCUAAAGGCCUGGCCAAUGGGAAAAAACUUCACCCAGCUCAGCAUCUAUACAAUAAAUGUAGCAAUUUAUUGCAGCUUGGCCUCCAAAAGCAAAGGAGAGUAACUCCUUGGCACUAGCCGGUGCUACUUCGUCCACUACUCAGAGAAGCGCCGUGCUGUAAAACUCUGGCUCCUGACAUGUAGUCUACCAGCCCGGACCCAUUUCGGGCGAUACGGGGUAACUUAUCAGCUAGAAAAACUUCAUCACUACCGUGCUAAGCACAUUUGUGGAGGUCAUAACUGUGGUGUCGGUAGAUUCCGGAAGCGGCACAUUUUUUCUAGGUCAUACAAUGUUUAAAUGGGACCGGGCACCAAAUUUGAAAACAUCUGAAAAUCACAAGAAGGGCCGUGACUCAGACGCGUAGUUUAAUUUUGACCAAAACCGUCAGUCUUCUAAACACAAAUCGUACCGUUUUGGAAGGUUUGGGAAACAUUUAGCCCCGGGCGAUCAGCUUUAUGCAAGUUCCUGUACUCUUUUACCUUUGGUUAAAGCAAGUCUAUACUCACACGACAGUAAGAGCUUGUUUGUACCAUGUAUUGCAUCAAAAUAUUUGUCAUUAUUUGUAGAAUAGACUGAUCUGAUAAGUUU